GCUGUCGGGCUAGCAGAAGGCAGAAGCCAGGACCAUCUUAAGGGUGCGGCGCUUCGCAGCUCUCUACAACAUGACAUUUUCCUUAAAGGGAAAAAGAAAUCACCAUAUCGUUUGCUGAGUAAGAUGGUUCUUAUUGGGUAGAGUGUGCAUGCACAUGUGUUCAGCCAUAAUCUUGAAUGGGAAGCCUGUUGAACUGUUGACUGGGACAGCGAACACCUGAACUCAGCAUCUGCAAGCAGCUUUUGAUGUCUGAAAGCCGAGUAGCCGAGUUUGGCUUCUUCACCAAGGAUCGCACAGCAUGCUUCAGACUGACUGCACCACACACGGCGAUGGGUGCUUACUCAUGGUGGAAAGAGCCAUCCUGGAUGGUGGACAGUAAAAGGAGGAGAAUGACUCCGAACUGGCCAUGGCUCCUGUCAGCACUUACGCUUCUGCAAGUGAACGCAGUGCAAGCACAUAGUCUGAAGAGAGGGUCAGCUCAAGAUUUGAAAUGUACAACCAAAAACAUGCAAGUGUGGGACUGCACAUGGACAGCACCCGUUGGGGUUAGCCCUGGGACUGUUAAAGAAGUCUGCAUUAAAGACAGGCUCAACUCUUGUCAUCGGUUAGAGUCAACAAACAUUAAAAUUGCAGCUCUUUCACCUGGCGAUCACGAAGUAGCAAUAAAUUACCUAAAUGGCUUUCAAAGUAAAUUCACGCUGAAUGAAAACGAUGUUUCUUUAAUUCCAGAUACUCCUGAGAGUUUGGAUUUGUCUGCUGACUUCUCGACCUCCACGUUACACCUGAGGUGGAAUGACAGAGGCUCUGCUUUCCCUUACCCCUGCAAUGCCACCUGGGAAAUCAAGGUCCUACAGAAUCCGAGCAUGGAACUCGUAAAAUUAGUAUCAUUCAACACAACCCUGAGCGGUCGAGAUAUAGUUCACCAUUGGAAUUGGACCUCAGACCUGCCCUUACAAUGUGCUACUCACUCUGUGGGGAUUAGAUGGUACAUCGACUAUAAUCGUUUCUCUGGCUAUAAAGUGUGGAGUGACUGGAGCCCUCUGAAGAACGUUUCUUGGACUCCUAAUUCUGAGACCAAUGUUUUCCCUCAAGACAAAGUGAUUCUUGCAGGUUCAGACAUAACAUUUUGUUGUGUAAGCCAAACAAAAGUGCUGUCGGGACAGAUUGGCAAGACAUUUUGUCCUCUUAUCCAUCUUUAUGGGGAAAACGUUGCAAUCCAUAUCCGGAAUAUUUCCGUUUCUGAAAACAGUGGAACAAACGUGGUUUUCACAACAGAAGAUAAUGUAUAUGGAACGGUUGUCUUUGCAGGCUAUCCACCCGACAUUCCUCAGAAACUGAAUUGUGAGACACAUGAUUUUAAAGAGAUUAUCUGUAGUUGGAAUCCAGGAAGGCCAACAGGACUGGUGGGCCCGCGGAAUACAGACUACACUUUAUCUGAAAGCAUUUCGGGAAAAUCCGUCCCAUUUAAAAGGUUUGAAACUCUGACAAAUGAAAGCUACCGUUUAGCCUUCCAAAUGCUUCCAGGCCAAGAAAUCCAUAACUUCACCCUAACUGGUCGCAAUCCACUGGGACACGCAGAAUCAGCAGUUUUCAUCAACAUAACUGAACGAGUCGCUCCUCAUGUACCUGUUUCAUUGAGAGUGAAGGACAUCAGUUCGACAGUUGUUACACUUUCCUGGCAUUUGCCAGGAAAUUUUGCAAAGAUUAAUCUCUUAUGUCAAGUUGAAAUUUGUAAAGCUAGUUCCGAACGAGAAGUGCGGAAUGCCACAAUCAAAGGAGCCGAGGAGUCAAGUUAUCUUGUUGCUGUGGACAAAUUAAACCCAUAUACUCUGUAUACUUUUCGGGUUCGUUGUUCUACUGAGACUUUCUGGAAAUGGAGCAAGUGGAGUAAUGAAAAGAGACAUUUAACCACGGAGGCCAUUCCUUCACGGGGACCAGAUACUUGGAGAGAGUGGAGCUCUGAUGGAAAAAACUUAAUAAUCUAUUGGAAGCCUUUACCCAUUAAUGAAGCCAAUGGAAAAAUACUUUCCUAUAAUGUAUCAUGUUCAUCAAAUGAGGAGACACAGUCCCUUUCUGAGAUCCUUGAUCCUCAACACAGAGCAGAGAUACAGCUUGAAAAAAGUGACUACAUCAUCAGUGUGGUGGCAAAAAAUUCUGCUGGCUCAUCACCGCCUUCUAAGAUAGCUAGUAUGGAAAUCCCAAAUGAUGAUAUCAUAGUAGAGCAAGCCGUUGGAAUGGGAAAGAGGAUCUUCCUCUCCUGGCAUCCUGACCCCAACAUGACCUGCGACUACGUAAUUAAGUGGUGCAACUCCUCUCGUUCUGAGCCCUGCCUCAUGGACUGGAUAAAGGUUCCUUCAAACAGCACCAAGACUGUAAUAGAAUCUGAUCAGUUUCAGCCAGGAGUAAGAUACAAUUUUUACCUCUAUGGGUGUACUAACCAGGGAUACCAAUUGUUACGUUCCAUAAUUGGAUAUAUAGAAGAAUUAGCUCCAAUUGUUGCACCAAAUUUCACUGUGGAAGAUACGUCUGCAGAUUCGAUAUUAGUAAAAUGGGAAGACAUCCCUGUGGAAGAGCUUCGUGGCUUUUUAAGAGGGUAUUUAUUUUACUUUCAGAAAGGAGAGAGAGAUACGCCUAAGACAAGAACUUUUGAGACAGGUCAUUCUGACAUCAAACUAAAGAAUAUCACUGACAUAUCACAGAAGACUCUAAGGAUUGCCGAUCUUCAGGGUAAAACCAGUUACCACUUGGUCCUUCGAGCCUAUACGCAUGGUGGUCUGGGUCCUGAGAAGAGCAUGUUUGUGGUGACCAAGGAAAACUCCGUGGGAUUAAUUAUCGCCAUCCUCAUCCCAGUGGCUGUGGCUGUCAUCGUUGGAGUGGUGACAAGCAUCCUUUGCUACCGGAAGCGAGAAUGGAUUAAGGAAACGUUCUACCCUGAUAUUCCCAACCCAGAAAACUGCAAGGCCUUACAGUUUCAGAAGAGUAUCUGUGAGGGAAGCAGUGCUCUGAAGACACUGGAAAUGAAUCCCUGUACCCCAAAUAAUGUCGAAGUUCUGGAAUCUCGAUCAAUAGUUCCUAAAAUAGAAGAUACAGAAAUAAUCUCCCCAGUGGCGGAGCGUCCUGGGGAAAGCUCCGAGGCAGACCCCGAGAACCACGUGGUUGUGUCUUACUGCCCCCCCAUCAUUGAGGAGGAAAUAGCGAACCCUGCAGCAGAUGAAGUGGGAGGGACUUCCCAGGUCGUGUACAUUGACGUUCAAUCCAUGUAUCAGCCUCAAGCCAAACCAGAGGAAGAGCAGGGCAUUGACCCCGGGGUGGUGGCAGCCUAUAAGCCCCAGAUGCGCCUCCCCAUUAACUCUGCUGUGGAAGACUUUGCAGCAGCGGAAGAUGAAGCAGAUAAAACUGCAGGUUACAGACCCCAGGCCAAUGUGAAUACCUGGAAUUUGGUCUCUCCAGAUUCCCCCAGGUCCACAGACAGCAACAGUGAAAUUGUCUCUUUUGGGAGUCCGUGCUCCAUCAAUUCCAGGCAAUUUUUGAUUCCUCCUAAAGAUGAAGACUCUCCUAAAUCUAAUGGAGGAGGGUGGUCAUUUACAAACUUUUUCCAGAACAAACCAAACGACUAACCAGUCACCCUUGGCCACUUCAGUCUGCCAUCUCAACAAGCUCUCAUUGCUGGUGUCCAGGCAGUAGCCGGGGCAUUCCUGGAGGGACCCUGCAAAUGUUGAGAGUCAGGGACCUUCACUCCGGGCAAGUGACACUACAAGUGUUAAUGUGCUUUUAAUGUAUCCUAAAAGUCAAAGUACAGUGACUCAGAAACCUCAGCCAUAGAAACUCAAGAUCUGAAGCUGGUUUUGAUUGAGCCAAAGAAUCCUCCACAAGGAUUUCACGACUAACUUAACUCUGCCUAGUACAUAUAUGCAAAACAAAUCUCACAACUGUCUGUUGUUAGUGGUUUUCUCAUCUUUGUAUGUUAUGGAAUUCCAAGUGGAUUUACAGGCAAGGAAGAGAAAUGUACAAGUCAAAAUAACGUUAAUUUGCCUGACAUUUACUGCAGUCCAGAGGAAAACCAAGCACAGAUAUUUUAAAACUUUUAUGAUGUCUCUAUCCACAGCAUUUACGAAAGAGAACCUAGUUUUUAAUGUAGCAGCAGCUAUCUGGUGUUCUGUUUGGUAGAGUGUGCUGAUGUCUGUGCCUAUCUGGUAUUCCAGUUGAUGGAGUGUGAUAAUUUCUCUGCCUACUGUAUCAUGGUUAUCAAACAGUUGUCUCAGGGGUACAAACUUGGAAAAACAAGUGUGACACUGACCAGCCCGAAUCAGAAUCACAUUGUCCUGCUUUGAGUGGGACGUGAAAGCCUUUCUCCUAUCACGUAGCUUCUGUUGCGCAGCCGGUUGUCCUCAUGAUGGAAAUUUCUAGAACUGUCUCCAAAUUUUCUCUGUGUUUUUGCUUUGUGUUACAGUGUCUGCUUUGUAAGAACAAAUUCAACAUUAUUCACAAGUAUAUAAUUGUAAUGAGUUACUAUGUAAGAUGACUACUAAGAAAUAGCUACUGGUGCAUGCCGACCCCAUCACUCUGAUAAGGCUCAGUUCCCGUGAGAAAGUUCCCCAUUAAGAUGGUGAUGAUCUUUGGGGCCUCUCAGUAGCUUUCUUUUCUGCUCAUGAGUCACAGCCCCUCCUCCCUCAGGCAAUUGGUGGUCCAGACUCUUCAGACCCAAUCUUCAAAUCCAUAUAAGCUUAAACCUAAAGAGAGAUUAUUUCUCCCCGGAGCAGUGAGUAAAGGGUGAUUUUAAUAGAAGACAUAAAACUUAUGGAAUCGGAGGGUAGUGGCCAGUGGUUGUUGGCGUAAGUCAUGAAGAGUGGGGUCCUGAACACAGCACCCUCCAUCCCCCUCGGUUUCUCUUCAGCAGUGUGCAAAGUGAAUGCGGUUCUGGGAGGAGCAGGGUAAAACCCUAACAAGUACUUUGUUAACAAGUACGUGACAGUUGGAGACACCUGAGUAGAAAACCUUGGUUUUGUGUCAUCUGAAGUCCCCCAAAUUUUGCAGAUAAUGGAUUGGUUUGUUUUUUAUUUUAUUUUUGUUCCUAUUUCAUUUUUUUAUUUUUACUUUUUGUGUGUUUGCUUUUUGUUGUUUGAGACAGGGUCUCAUUAUGUAGCUCGGCUGUCCGAGAACUCACUGUGAAGACCAGACUGGCCUCAAACUCACAGAAAUCCACCUGCCUCUGCUUCCUGAGUUCUGGGAUUAAAGGCGUGCACCUCAUAUUUUAUCUUUUAAAAAAGUCAUGUGAAAAAAACCGUAGGAUGACAAGGGACAAAAUCUAAUAGUCAAUGCAUGAUCUUGUUUUUAACCCUAGGAUUCAACUACAUUUUGGAGCUUCAUUAUAUGAUGGUAUGUGGAAUGAAAUAGAGUUAGUUGUGCAUUUAUAUAGUAUAUAAAAGGUAGAUAAUAGCUCUUAGAAAUUUUCGGUAAUGAAAAAUACUCCAAACAGUUUAAUUUGUCUUCGUGUGCCCUCUCUGGCUCCUUUGUCGACCCAGCCACUCUGCGCUCCGGCUGUCUCCUCUCCCUGCCCAUUUUGUUAUUGCUGUGCUCUGCUUGCCCUCAGUUCAUGCCUCUUUCCCCGUUAUAGGCUUUGUAUUCCAUCCGGUGAGUGUCUGGGAAGGUAGCAGCUUCUCGUGCCGAACUCCAUUAAUCUGAGAACACAAGGAGAGGGCAGAGAAAAUAGACUCAUCCUGUCAUUAAAACAUGUGCCCUUCACGUGGGUGUCUAGAGGGACGGGCACUUAAAAUGCUGCUCAUCUCACACUGCCUCUGAAUUCCAUUCUCAAGGGCCACUGGGCUGCUGAGAAGAGGGGUGCCCGUGGAUUAUUUUAGGAAAAUGUGUUUCGGGACUGAGGCUAGGGCGGAUUGCCUGGUCUUUUCCCACUGAAUUGAAGACAGCUGCAUCUCCGUGCAGUGUUACUACCUCUGCAGUUCCUCCUGAGCUGAACAUACAGAAGGAGCCUAAGCAGGGGAGAAAGGGACAUACAGGACAUGUUGUCACCCUUUUGUAAGCCUGUUUCACCCAGAUUUCCUUGUGAGCAAUGGAGAUCGGGUUAUCAUAAUAUUUGUGAGUAGCCAUUUUCAAUCAUACUUAAUUUAAAGAUACCCUCAAAUGCUUAACCAGGCUUUUGGCAUGAGAGCUGUGAGCUGUGUAUUGCAUUAAUUACACCUCCCGAACCCUCCCAGCUGUUGAGCCAGCGGUGUCCUGGGUUUGGGAUGGUUGUCCUGAGAAUCUAGAAAGCUGUAUUUCUAUGUGUGAUAGAGGUGCUUUUGUUCCUGCUGCUGGCAACAGAAGCAGCCAUUCAUUGGGAAGCUCGAGGGAGGAAGUGUCAGCUUCAUUUUCCAUAUUGGCAUUGCUCUCAUGGGUCAUGGAACUUGAAGGAUUGCACUCAGAACAUCCAGUACCAUCGUACUCAGAGAUGGUAGAAAGUCACAUUCUUAGACCUCGCAAACUGAAGUCGUGUUGGAAAGGUCUCCUGUCCCCGUAAUACUGCCUGUAUUUAUCGAAUAUCACAGUCCUUCCCGUGUUAAUUAAAUGUAAUUUAGUGAAAGGCUAGAGAAUGUUCCUUCCUGAUGGGAAUUCAAAAUCAACAUCAUGGUAUUUUUUCAGUUAAAGUAUCCUUAAUAUGUCAAUAUGCAGAAAAUAUUUCUUACUGCUUAGACACUUAAUCUGGUGAAACUUGUUUGUUUGCACUAAGGUAAUUUUUGCUGUUUUCUGUUUGAAGCUAUGUUAGAGUUAGAGAAAGGCCUUUUUAAAGGAUUCUGGAAGUGUAGUACUUUGUUUUCCAAGUGAAGUAUGGGGGAGGGGUCACAAGCUGCUAAUGCCAGGCACACGGUGAAAGCCCAUUGGCUGUGUUGAUGGAGUCCCUUUCUAGUGUUACAAUUCAGCAGAACUGUGCGGAAGGCUGAUAAAGAUUAAGAUGUGGCUCGCAUAUAUCUGAAAGAUUUGAGUAUACUCCGGGAGCGGCCCCACAGUUUGAGGAAAACCCAAGACUCACCAGACAUUUCCUUAGACCCUGUCAGCAUACUUCUGUGUGGAGUUUGCUUUUAUCUAACAAGUACAAAAUUUGGAGAAGUGUUUGUACCAAUCUAGCAUAUGUUAUGGCGAGCAAUGUGUGUGAGCUCAAUUGAUUAAGAGAAGAACUCACUCUUUGUAAGAUAUCUCAAGACAUUUCCUCUGAACAGAUAUUUCUGAAACGGUUUCAUGCUAUCACAUCUGCCUUCCCUCUUGUAUUCGGAACCAAAAAAAUUGCAGAAGGGAGGGGAAAAAUGUAGCCAAAUUUACAGGGCGUUAAUCUUUUAAAUCUAGAAUAUUCUUCAAAUUCAUUUAGUUUGAAUCAUGAUUCUGUCCCUGUGCUAUUUAUACAGGUUAAGCCUCUCAGUUUACUAGGGUUGUUGGAAUUUUUUUUACUCCCUUUCAAUUACUGCUUUUAUCUUGAUAAUUGUAUGAUCAUGCUGAUUAUAAUACAGAUGAAUUAUUUCUAAAUGCAGACAUAAAAAGAUAGAGAAUAACAUUCAGCUGAACAAUAUCAAGUUUUGUUUCAUCUUGUUAGAGCUCCUGGGGUUAUAAUUUGGUCUAGAAUAUCCACCUUUCUAAUUAUGAUAUUAGAUUAUGACUGGAUCCCAUUAUUUUUAACCAGAGUAGUACCUGUUCUCCCUGCAUUAUGAAUGAUAAUUUUGUCCAAGGUGUAAAUAGAAUUUGCUUAAGUUAAUUUUUAACUGUGGUAUACUUUUAUUAUAAAUAGACCAUAACUGAUUGCACAGUAACUGAAUAAAAUCCAUAAUAGUUUGUACUAAUUUUUGCUUGCUGGAACUGAAUACUUUAAAAAUGAAAAAAAUGCUGAGAAAAAAUGAUAAGGAAAUUAAUGUUUAUUACAUUCAUAUGUGUCUUCAAGAUCACCUUUGUAUUGGUCAAUCAGAAAUUUAAAAGAAAUCAAACUAUUAUAGGCUUUUCGAUGUACUUAUGCCUAAAAUAUUGGGUAUAUCUAAUUGGCUGGCUACUUAAGUUUAUUCUAUUUCCUUAUAUACAUUUUUAUUUUUAAUUAUUCCAUUUUAAAUGGGCAGUUUCAACUUCUGCACUUAACUUCCAGGUAUUCCAGUCGCAUAUCUUCAAAUAUCAAAAUAUUUUUAGGUGACAGUCCCAUCUACCUUAAGUCACAGGCAAUUUAGUACUUAGGCAGGUGGCCGUAGAACAAAAUGCUGAGUAAUAGUUUUCAGAUGAUAGUCUAGUCUAACCAUUUGAUCUAAAUGCUGUCACCCAUCUUCUCCUAGUAGGUUGAUUAUUAGCCUCUAGUUCCUUCAGUUUAAUUUCCCUUCUAAUGUUUUAUUUAAGAAAGUAUGAAGUACCACGUUGAAGCAUUGGGGAAUGAACCCUGUCCCCCUUGCGGUGGGGAAGGUAUUAUGGGAUACCCUGGGACAGAGCAAGUGCUGAAAUACAUCCCAUUCAGGGUUGCAAUGCAAAGAUGGUUCUAAACAGAUAUCCUGAGUCUGAGAUGGUUCCAACUUGCAGGCGUGUUCAAAGGUAAAAUAAGCCAUCUAAAAAAUACUCAGUGUUCCUAGUGAGAUUUUUUUCAAAUUUAUCUUUACCAAAUCUUUCAUUAAUUGGUCAUAAGCCAUUAUCCCUGUAACACUAAGCAAUUGCCUUUUUUUUCCUUUCAGAUUUGCAUUACAGUGCAUUACUGUUUACAAAAUAUACAUACUGUGAACAGAUAUAAAUUUUUGUCUUUUAUAAGGUUUGUGGAAUGAAUGUUUUUUUAAAGAAGGUGUUAUGUUAAAUAUUUUUAGAUUUUUAUAAAUAGUAACUGUUUACUAACUUUUGUUUGGUCAGGUGUGUAUGUGUAGCUGAGAGAAGAUAUACAUUGCAGUUUCCCUUUUUCAUUUCUUGUAAAGUUACCACUACAGACAUUUUUGUGUUAAUACAAAUGACCGGUUAUAAUGUGCAAUACCUGAUAUCAUGUUUAAUCCUAUAAGGAACUUUUUAAAUAUCCAUAUACAGGAAGUAAGUCUGAUUGAUGUAUGUCUCUGUCAUUCACUGCGACUCACAGAAUUCUAAGUUGAGUGUGGAAUAAAGUAACACUCACAGAGAUUGAAAUACUUCCAGCCUUGUGGAAUUUUGGAUAUUAUAUUGCUGUUAGAAUGGGAAAAUCAAACAUUUUAUAUCAUAAUUUCAGAAUUUAACUUCCAUGUCUUUUGGGAAACAUGAUUAUCACAAGAACAUAGAAUAUGUAAAUAACCUAUUAUUAAGACACUACAAAUAUAAAACUAGUAUCGCUUGGCUGUUAAUUCUAUAAAGAUGUUAUCUAUGUCUGUUUUUAAAACAUGCAUGUAUUUAACAAUUUUAUCAUAGUAUUGUCAUGGAAAGAAAUAAAUAUAUUUUCUUACAUCUUA